UGGACCGGAGAGCAGACAGGUUGCAUUUCAGGACAGUCUCUCCGCCGCUGCUCGCUCCGCUGCGCCCCCCUCCGGCCUGCCGCCGCACUGCCAGGAGAAGCCGUGUGCGCCCGGUGAGCGACUGCCGUUGAAGACACAACAUCGCUGUCUGCACUCAGCCUGACCUGCGACUGGCCAUGGACUACAUGAACAACGCCUCCAACAGCUACAGCUCUGGAGACACCAUGAGCUCCUCCUUAGCCAACAUGACCAUCAACGACCAGCACCACCAGGAGAACGGAGUCGCCAAAAUGAAAGAGGACGAAGCAGCGCUCAGUGAAAUCGGGGUGAAACCUGUGUCUGAACUCUCUCAGCCAGAGAGCAGCCAGUGUGAUGACGAGGUGCUGCCUGCAGAGAUGUCUGCAGAGAAGGGAGGUGCUGAAGCUUCAUCUGAGCUCUCAGAAAUGGAGAGCACCUCGUGUGAAGAUGAGGGGCAGCCUGCAGCAGGAGGAGCAGCUUCAACAGCUCAAGCAAAGAUGGAUAAUGGAGAUAAGACUCAAACUGCCACCAAACCAACCUCUUCCCCUAAAAGACCGUCCAUGUCCGCCAAGGGCAACAAAACACAAGCAUCCUCCCGAAAUGGCCACAGCUCGAUCCCCGUUAAAACCAGCAGCACAGGCCCCGGAAGUGGUGCAAAGUCUCAAACUCCAGGAGCCAAAACUGGCAGAACUGCAGCUCAACCAGCUAGUGCCAAGAAACCCCCUACUCCAAAAAAUGAAAAAGAUGGCCAGAGUGGACAGAGCAGCCCUGGUACCCCCAAAUCCCCCUCUAGCCAAGCGCUGUCUGCAAAGGCUGCCGCCGAGGCCAACAAAGUGAAGAAGAUUGCGGUGGUUCGCUCUACGCCCAAAUCCCCGGGAUCGCUGAAGAGCCGUCCGCCAGCACCUCUGGCUGCCGCCGCCGGGCCGAUGCCAGACCUGAAAAAUGUCAGGUCCAAGAUCGGCUCCACAGACAACAUCAAGCACCAGCCUGGGGGUGGAAAGGUACAAAUCCUUGAUCAGAAGGUGGACUAUAGUAAUGUGCAGUCUAAGUGUGGCUCCAAAGACAAUGUGAAACAUGUACCCGGUGGCGGCAAUGUCCAAAUCCUCGAUAAGAAGCUAGACUUAACUAACGUCCAAUCUCGCUGCGGCUCUAAAGACAACUUAAAGCACACGCCUGGUGGAGGCAAGGUUAAAAUACUUGAUCAGAAGGUGGACUAUAGUAAUGUCCAGUCUAAGUGUGGCUCCAAAGACAAUAUGACACAUGUACCCGGUGGCGGCAAUGUACAAAUUCUUGAUAAGAAGUUGGACUUAAGCAAUGUGCAGUCCCGGUGUGGCUCCAAAGAUAAUAUAAAACAUGUACCCGGUGGUGGCAAUGUUCAAAUUGUGCACAAAAAGAUCGAUCUGAGCAACGUGACAUCUAAAUGUGGAUCGAAAGUCAACAUUCGCCACAAGCCAGGUGGUGGAAAUAUUGAGAUCAAGAACGAGAAGCUGGAGUUUAAAGUUCAGUCCAAAAUCGGCUCUCUGGACAACAUCGGCCACGUACCUGGAGGCGGCCAGAAAAGGAGGGAGAAGGGGAAGGAAGGCGAGGGCAGCACCUCAGACAGCCCCUCCAUCCCCUCCCCUGCCGUCACCCCCCCUCAGUCCCCCCAGACCGUCCCCUCAGCUCCCUCCACCCCCAUCCUGACGAACCCCCUCAUAAAGAUUGAGGACUCCUGUAAGUACCAACCACAAAGCAGCUUCUGGUGUGUUUACUUUUAUAGGAAAUGCAACCUACACUGGGGCAAAAAGGGGGGAAAAAAAUUAAAAUCUGACAGCAAGGGUGCCAGAAAAAAUACAUGUUUAACUAGAAAAGCACUCAGAGUGCAGUACUCCGCCAAGGCCGUUCAUUCCCCCACAUGUCAUUGUCAGAAAUGCAGCAUAUUUUUGUAGAAAUGCAGCAUUUUU